CAGUAGAUCGCCGAGCCCUGAUUCGACUCGGGCCAGCUGUCAACCCAGGCUUGCGGGUUGGCGAUUCGGCUUGCUCCCCCCGUCCAUAGUAGCGUUGCACGCACCCCAUCCAUCUCUCGUCACAUUUUUUUCUUCUUUUCUUUUUUUUUCUUCAUCUCCCUGACUCGGGCGCGCCUGCCGCCUCACGGAAUGCCCUUUCAUUUCAAAUCCCGCCUGCCAGAUCGGGCUCGCGGAGCAUUUGCGACGCCCCAGAAGGAUUGUUCCAGAUCUUGCGGAGCGGGAGGCACAACGGACGGUGGAGAAGACUCCCUCUUCGUCGCACCCAACCUUCUGGAACCCCAGCAACAUCCGCGUCGAGGCGACAGGCUACAGCGACCGGCCGCGCAAAGGGGGGAGGGGGCCGGAAGCGCUAGCGAGCACCUGCAUUAUUCUCUCCAAAGCCCGCCACAGCUGACGUCGCUGUCAUCCGCGUCUCAACUUUAUUCCGCCAACCCUGCGCCAAAUGCGCGGCAUCCAAAGCGGCCAUCGGGGCGUCGCCAAAAAAAGAUAAACGCAGAGUCAUGCAGCCAAAAAGCCGCCUCACAGCUCUCGGGGAUCAUGAUCCUGAUCUUACGACGGAACAUAACCCACGAGCCACCUGUUCCUCGAGCGCGCGACGGUCCGAGGACCGAGACUCCCCUCUUCCCGCCGGAUGAUCGUUGUGCGUGCUGACUGACGAGAUUGAGAUCCUUCAUGUCUGUCUCCCCCAGCCAGGAGAGAGGUCCACUGCACUUGGGGGUCGUAUCCGCCAGGACGCAGGGGGGAGGGGUCAUGUUGCAAAACGCGAUGCUGCGAUGUGGACAUUGCUCCUCUAGGUUGUUAUUGCCCCGAGGAAGAAGAGACAGGCACAUGAAAAUACCAAGAGACCGUAUUCAACCAAGGCGCCCUCGCUAACGUCCAAUAGAACAGGACCAGAAAGGCAAACGAGCAAAACAAGACCCCUCCCUCCCCCCUCGAGCUCAUCUCGCAACGCCCUGGUUGCUUU